AUGUCAGCUGCGAGUUUAUUGUCUACAUUAAAGGAGAAACCAACAGACAAGCAAAUUGAUGAAGUUGUCCAUUCAGGUCACGAUGAGAGCUCACCGUCGGGCGGCGGGGACCCGGCCGUGCUGGCGAUGGGCCCGGUGCGAAAGCCGAUCAAGUACACGCGAGAGGAACUUAUGCGCCUGCGCAACUCGCCACUCGUCAAGCAGGGCUUGGAGAACGCGUUCGCGGGGAAUGAAGCGCUGGCUCUAGUAUUGAAAAAGCGAUCUGAUUCACCACACGAAGAAGAUAAGGGUGCGAAGGGAGAUGCCCCCAACGAAAAUCAUAAGGGUAUCUAUGGUCGAGACCGUGAGCGUGAGCGUCGCUCAGCUGACCCCCGGGAGCGUGUGCGCAAGGAGAGCGAGACGGGCGGAGGGGGCAUCGUGCUGUCUCCCCAGCGGCGGUCCUUCACCUCUGGGUGUGGGGCACCAGGGGCUUCAACAGCUCAACCUCCGCCUCAGCUGGCCAGAACCCGUCCCGAAUCACCAUUAUCCGCGACCACGCCACAGACCAUUCAGAAAACCGAACAAGCUGGCCGUCGAAUUGGCUCUGGCCGGAUAAUGGUGCCGACGAGCGGUUGGGAGGAGACCGAAUAUAGACCCACAGCGGAGAUCUACCGGCCGCCGGGGGCCUUGAGGGAGCGGGAGCGAGAACGAGAGCGUGACCGUGACCGUGAUCGCGAACGUGAUCGCGACCGCGACCGUGAUCGUGAUCGUGACGAGCGACGGACGAAUGGAGAUAGGUUUGAGCGACGUUCGUUCGGCAGAGACGCCUUCUCUUCCGACAUGAAGCGAGAACGAGACGACCGAUUUAACAACGAGAAACAUAGAGACAGAGACGACAACCGUAGAUCCGGUGGCCGAUACUCCCAACGACGUUUCGAGAAGGAAGAUGAACCCGAAUGGUUCAGCGGAGGUCCCACAUCUCAGCUGGAGACCAUCGAGCUACACGGCUUCGAUGAGCCCAUCAAGAAACCUAAUAAUAGCAAGGAAAAGGACAACGAGAAAUGGAAUAACAAUAAUGGAUCUCACUCACCGGUGGAGAAGUGGCGGAACGAUACCUCGUCGCCGAUCCAAACAGAGACCGCUAAUACGACUAGUGAUAAGGAUUCAGGAGUGGAGUCGAAGCCAGAGGAGCCAACGUCUAGCAAUGAGCAACCGGAAUUCAACCUAGAUGAGUUUCUCAAGUUCGACUCUAUACCGGAUGUGCUUACUAACGGCACUGGUGACAGCGAGGAGAGUCGCUUCAGCCGCUGGUUCCGCAGAGAGAGUCCUACGGGUGAUGCCAAGCACUACGAACGGCUCAUGCACAACAUGGUGGAUGAUCUUGACAAUUCGACGCAAAUGGAAGCACCGACGAGCACCAUGAACAUGAGCGGCAUGCCCAUGGGCGGAAUGCCACUGAACAAUGGCGUCAGCGCGAUGAACAAUAUCCCAAUGCCAGGUUUCCCGAUGGACCAGCCCUUCAACCCGCCUUCGAAUCCGCCCUCGCUGCUGGAUCUGCUGAGGGCGAAUCCGUAUCCCGACGACAGACCUGAAUUAAAUUCAAACGUCGGCGGGAAGAUUCAUAGCUUGGAGGAGCUGGAAGCGCGUCUUAGACCGCAGCCAGCUGCGCACACGCCGGUCUCCUCUGACAGAGACCUCUCUGCAUUUAAGCGACUCUUGGCGCAAGUGUCCGGUGGUCACGCUGUGCCAGCGGACAGGGCCCGCACGCAAAAUCCACCCCAUCCACAACAUCCGCAGCAUCAACAGCAUCCGCAGGUACCGCAGCACAACGCCCAUCCGCAGCCGAUGAGCCUCUUACAGAUGUUAAACAAGAGCUUAGAGAAGCAACAACAGCAGCAGCAACAUCAGCAACAGGUGCAGCAACAGCAACAACCGCCGCACAUCCCACAGGAGCUCCUAUACAAGCUUAUUCAGGUUCAACAGCGGCAACAACAAGCACCUAACUCGGAGAUGUCUGGUCCCAUGGGUCUUUCCGUCGCUGACCGGGAACUGCUGCAACGGCCCGAAGCGCAAGCUAUUAUACACGGUCUCAAAGCUGGCGAGAUAACCGUCCAGCACCUGAUGCAGCAGCUAGGAAACCCUGGCCUUCAGAGUAGACACCGCGAUGUACUUCUCACCAUAAUGCGUCUACAUCAACAACAGCGACAGCAAAUGGUUGGUUCUCCACUCCCUGGUGUAAACCCCCACCUAGGGGUACCUCAUCAUCAGCCACUCAGAUUGUCACCAGUACCGCAGCAGGUGUCGGCCCGUAUUCCUUCCCCGCGCGAGAUGAUCCACCCACAGUCGUUGAUGCAAGGCGCGCUGCUCAAGAAACUCGAGGAGCGCCGCCGACUCGAGUUGCAGCAGCAACAGAUUAAGCAUCCUACUCCCAUCUCGUUCACCCCCACCUCGGUCUUACGUAAAAUGACAGCUGAGAAGGAAUCUGAAGCACCUAGUCCCAAGCAACAGUGGAGCCAGCCGCUGAAGUUGCCUCAGGGGAGGCCAAUUGUUAAGGGUAACCAGAGUGGCGGAGCACCAAUGGGCUACGCACCGUCCCCCAGUGAAUACCAGCAUUAUAUGAAUCAGCAGCAAAUGGGCGGCGUCCGUCAGUUUCCGCAGCAAGCGUCUAGACAACCCGUCAAUAAUACGUUCAACAUGAAUAUGAGUCGGGGCAUGUCCGGUGGGACCACGCUGCACCAACUGCUAGUGCAAUCACACCAAAGGUCGCUUAACGAAGUGAACAGCGGCGGCGGUGACAACCAGCUAGCCAAGUGGUUUUCGCCAGAGCUGCUCGCGCGCGCCUCCGAAGGCAAACUACCCUCGGUGCACGUGCCCAAUGCGCUCUCGCUGGAAGAUCUCGAGCGACACCAUCACUCGCCGGCCCCGCCCGUGCGAAACUGA